AUGGAUAAUCCUGCGUUCUUGAAUCCGGAUCAGGAGUCCCAGCAUGUCUCAAUGUAUGAUGUUGAUUGGGAAGGCCCCGAUGACCCCCAGAAACCGAUCAACUGGCCGAAGUGGAAGAAGAGAGGAAUAAUCAUAGCCGUUGGUGCCAUGAGACUUACCACACCAUUGGCAUCGUCCAUGAUGUCCCCUGCCCUGUUAAAUAUUGGCAGGGAUUUCCCAGGCACAUCAGACAUGAUUCUCAGUUUCACAGUCUCGAUUUAUGUUAUUGGCUUUGGGAUAGGUCCCCUGAUAUUGGCGCCUCUCUCCGAGGUAUAUGGCCGCAACGUGAUCUAUCAUGUCUCUAAUGUUCUCUUCGGCAUUUUCACGGCAUGUUGCGGUUUGUCGCCUAAUAUAGGAGCUCUACUAGCCUUUCGCUUUGCUGCAGGUUUCUUUGGAGGAGCACCCUUGACGAAUAGUGGAGGCACAGUUGCAGACUUGGUCCCUGUUCAGAAAAGAGGAUUUCGCAGCAUUAUGAGCAUUCUCUCCGCAUGUGUGCUCAUGGGUCCAGUCCUCGGGCCUAUUGUAGGUGGGUUCUUGACGGAAGCCAAAGGCUGGCGCUGGAUUUUCUGGAUCUUGACCAUUCUAAGUGGUAUUACAAGCACCAUCUGUUUUAUUUUUCUUCAAGAAACAUACAGCCCCGUCCUGCUGGAAUGGAAAGCUCGCAAGCUUCGUUGGCAAACCGGCGAUCCUCUCUACAUGCCUAAAGGACAAUCACCAAAAAGUUUGAAUCAGCUUCUGCUCACCGCAAUCACUCGUCCGUUACGAAUGCUUGGGAACCCAAUUAUUCUAGGCACAUCACUUUACUUGGCGGUUAUGUAUGGUAUAAUCUACCUCCUAUUCACCACAUUUUCCGUCGUCUUCCAGAGUCAAUAUGGGUUCAAAGAGGGCAUUGGAGGUCUUGUUUAUCUAGGACUGGGUGUUGGCACUGCUAUCGGAAUAGCAGCAUUUGGGAAGUCCAGUGAUGCCAUUUAUACUAGACUGACAACAAGGCAUGGAGAGGCUAAGCCUGAAUAUCGCCUACUCCCAUUGAUGCCCAGUGCGCUUGCAAUACCUGUCGGUCUUUUUAUUUAUGGCUGGACAUCACAAUACCGGCUGCAUUGGAUUUUGCCUAUUAUUGGCACCAGCUUUUGUGGCUUCGGUAUAAUUGGAUGCGUUGUACAUCUCAAUAUAUUGGUUCGGCUUUUAGCAGCUAAUAAGAUUUUGCAGGCCUCAAUCCAGACAUAUCUUGUCGACGGGUUCACAAGUUAUGCAUCCAGUGCCCUUGCAGCAAAUACCCUUGUCCGAAGUCUCGCCGGUGGCCUGAUUCCUCUGGGAGGACUUGACCUUUAUGACCGCAUUGGCCUUGGAUGGGGAAACUCAUUACUUGCAUUUCUAUCCAUCAUCUUCGCCUCUUCUUCCGUUUUAUUUUAUACACAUGGCGAAAGGCUACGAAAAAAACUCGAUUGGUGA